CACUCCCCGUUGCGAUUAUCCUCCGCCCCAACUUUGUUGAUCUGGACUCUUUUGACCUAAGCUACCUCUGCUGCUUUCUUUCUCUCAUUCAUCGCGCUUUAUACGUCGAUCAUUUCAAGGUGUUCCCCACCCAUCUACCCAUUUCCUAUUAUUCUCGGAACUUCAUUACCCCUCCGCCUUCAGAGGCCGUUCUCCGGAUGCUGGCAUCUUGUUUUAUGCGCGCUUCCUGAUCACUCUCUGUGCAAUAUUUCACCAGCAUCCUCACAUCCCAACUUUCACUCCUUGAAUCCUAAGUCCUAAGCGCCUCAACAAAAUACUUUCAAAUGGGUAACAACCCUUCCAAGGGCCCAGCCGGAGACGCCCAAGCCCCUUCGGGUCAAUCGGGCCUAACGGCAAGUGACAAGAGGGUACAUCGCCGACCUUCGGUCAAUGCCUCAUCGGGCACCCCUAAGGCUACCGUAGCCGAUCCUUCCGCCACCAGAGAGACCGCAAAGGGUUAUCCAACGUCACAAAAUCAUCAGUCUGUCCAACAGCGCCUACAAUCCCGCAAUGUCGCCGACUCUGCGACACGAAACGCAGAUCGUCCGACUCCCAAGAAAGCUGACCUUCGCGAUGGGGACAUUCCUUCUCCUGAUCCUUCCAAUCCCGUUCAGGUUCCUGGAUCUCGCACCGCUGCUAUGACCGACCCCAUAGCGCCCUCUGGUGCGCCUCCCAAUGUAUACUACAGCGCCUCCGUCCAUCUCCAGCGCCCACCGCGGAUGCCGCUCCCAAUUGGUGAUGCUACAGCCGUUGGUCCAGAAGAUAGUUAUCUGGGGUCGCUGCCCGUCGACCAGCUACUAGACGAACAGAUCGAGCAGAGACACCCGAGUCAAGGCAGUACCACAGUCGAGGAUGACGAGAUAUUGGACGAGCUUCAACCUUUCACUCCAAGCGGCGUAGGAAGGGCAGUGCCUACAACCAUUGAGUGGACUGGUCCUGGGGACAAGGUCUAUGUCACUGGAACGUUCGUCAAUUGGGAAAAGAAAUUCCGUUUACACAGAAGUGAGAACAACCCAGGCGUCAUGUCCGCCAGACUUAAUCUUCGGCCGGGUACUCAUCACCUGAAGUUCAUUGUUGACAAUGAGAUGCGUGCUUCUGAUACACUUCCCACUGCCGUGGACUUCACCAACCAUUUGGUCAACUAUAUCGAGAUUAGUGCAGAUGAUAUCAACCGGGGCCGGAGAGAGAGCGAUAAAGGCUCUGUUCCCCCGGGUGUCCGUCCACCUCAAGUCCUGCCUGACCUCGCCAGUACCGAUCAGGAAGGCGGUUCUACCGUGGACGAUCAAUCCGAUAAGGAAGAACCAGAGGAGGAGAUACCUCUUGGCGAUUUCCGUGGUAUAAUCCCUCAGUUUCUUCUCGAUCUGGAUAGAGAAGAGGAGGCCCCCGAGUAUCAGCAAGCGGUCAAUAUUGUUGGCGAUGCUCCGACACCACCAAGUCUGCCACUUUUCCUCGGAAAGUCCAUCCUGAAUGGCACUACACCAAUGAAGGAUGAUAGCAGUGUUUUGAAUUAUCCCAAUCACACAGUGCUGAAUCACCUUGCUACCAGCAGCAUCAAGAACGGCGUUUUGGCCACUAGCGUGACCACGCGGUACAAGCGAAAGUAUGUUACGACAAUUCUGUACAAGCCAACGGGAGAUAUCUCGGAGUAAGUAAAGAUAGAUUUGGUCCCUUAACUGCCCCUCCUCAGUCUGGCCGCAUGAGCAUGAGUAUUCGCUCAACAACCCAAACCAAUAUGGAGUCUGUAUCAUUUGGGGAUGUGGCUCUCUGUAUAACUCAUCGAUAUGAAUUAG